AUGACUCCAAUCCCACUGGCAGCUCCUUCCAGUCAGAUGGACACUCUGGUGUCCGUUAGACUGGACGGUCUUAUUGGUAUCCUGCAGGGACUUGCUCUCAAUGACAGGAAGGCAAUAUCUGAUACAUUGCUGGCUAGCAUUGGUCAAGCUGAUGCCAAAGAACCUGUUGCUAAUGUGAUGGAUGCUUCUAUCACCAAUGUUUCUGUACCUGCUCCCGAUACUCCUUCCCCUUCCAUCAGCACAGCUCCUUCCCCUACUGCUACUGCAGUUCCUGCUUUCACCCCCAUUGUCAUCCCUGUCGACUCUGGUGAAGGGAAAGACUCCUCUAAUGGUGAGGAUGUAGAUGUGUCUCUCACCAACGGCUCCACCCUUUGUUAUCAUCAUGGCAAGUACUUUAAUGUACCUAUUGAAGCUAAGGCGCCCCUCUACUACAUAACCAGGGGUCGUUACAUUGGGGUCUUCUCAGGAUGGGAUGCUACUAGCCCCAAGGUGCUUGGAGUUUCACGUGCCAUAUAUCACAAGGUGGAAUCUGUUGAGCAAGGUGCUGGGAUUGUGAAGUGCGCUAUAGAACGUGGUGAGGCGGCACAGCUGUCUAAACUGAGCUUCAAGGUCAUUAUAUUUGUUCGAGUGCUUCGUUCACCAAUCAAAGAGUUUUGGUUCAAACAAAUGUAUCUUAAUAUUACCAUUUCAUUGAGGCAGUGGGUCUCUCUUGGACGCGCCAUGUGUUAUGGUCUGACCAUCCUCACUCAUUGUUUUGGUCCAAACAAAUAUAGAGUACAGGCUGCGAGAGACAAGUGUAAACAACACUAUCUAAAUGGAACUUUACAUGACUGCAUUGCCGCAGUCAAGCAUGCCAAGGGCGACUUCAUGGCUUAUGUCAAAGCUCCACGAAGAUUCUUUGACUUUCUCGUGGACGAGUACUCCAAGACUAUGCCUGACCCCAAGUUAUAUCCUACCAGGCAAGGAGACAAAUCUGUCUUCGAACACGCUAUUGAAAAUUUCGAAAACUUUAUUGACAGAGCAAACAGCAGACUGGACGGUAUCCUCCAGAUGUGUGGUAUUUGUGAGGAGUGGCGUGCUGCAGAUGCUGUCUGCAAGUUCAUGAGGGAAAUAGUAGGGAUAGUGGAAGACAUUUUGUUGCAUCUGGCAGAUGGCAGAGAUGGUGAACUGGUGAUUGCCUUCAUGGAGGGGCAUCCCAUGCGACACGACAAAUCAGAAAAAGGGAACUACAACAAUUUCUGGCCCCCAUUUUUCAAGAAGUGGGAGGAAAAUUGGCCAAUCACUCUGGAAGACUCAUCAGAGCCCCUAGAUGAGAACACGAGACUCGAGCAGAUAGCUAAGGCAAGAGAUGCCCUUCAGACGGUAAUAUUUGUAUCCUAA